ACCUGCAUAUGUGUGUCCGUUUAUGUAUAGUGUUUUUGGAAUUAUAAUAUUAGACCAUUGCGAAUCAGUAAGGUGAACUUCAUAACUUUUUCCUUACAUCAAAACAGUGUACCCAUGUUUUACAAUCACGAAUUUAAAAAUUGAGCAAUUAACUACGUCUAAAGAAAUAAAAAGGACGAGACGCGUCUGGGUUUUGCUCAGAUUUGCAGUUUAGGAACAAGAAGUGGGUGGUGCAUUUUUACAGAUGGACCUGCUGCUGACUUUGUUAAUUCUACUGGCGGCCCUAUUUUUAUACUUAGUAUAUUCUGUAAACGAAAAGUACAAGUAUUGGGAGAGAAGGGGCGUUCCAUUUAUCAAACCAACGCUCUUCUUCGGUAGCUUAUUAUCCUUCAUGUUUGACAAAGACAACUUGCGAAAGUUUUUAAGAAACGCUAGUCAAACCUUUCCAGGACCUUACUAUGGAUUCUACGUAUUAACCCAUCCGAUCCUAGUGAUAACAGAUUUGGAGAUUAUAAAACGGGUUAUGAUCAAAGAUUUUGCGGCAUUUCCCAACAAACUUUUCAUGUGGGACAAGCAAUUGGAUCCAGUUCUUGGUGACUCGCUGUUUGCCGUACGUGAUGACGAAUGGAGAUCGCUCAGAGCCAAACUCAGUGGAAUAUUUUCCUCUGCGAAGCUGAAGGAUAUGGUCACAAGGAUGCAGAUGAGUGGAGAACACUUAAAAGAUCACUUGGGGUUAGUAGCGAAUCAGGACGUUGAAGCAAUGGACGUUAUCGCAAAAUAUUCGUCUAAUAUAAUCGCGUCAUCUGCCUUUGGUUUCAAUAUUGACUGUUUUAAGAAAGACCAUCGUGAUUUUAAGUACUACAAUGAGCACAUAAUGUCGAAAGGUACGAUAGGCGAGGUCAAAAUCCUUUCGUAUUUGUUUAUGCACCCACUGGCUAAACUGUUCAAACUUAGUUUUCUUGAUCCUAUCGGCGUGGAGUACUUCCGCAAUAUCUUCAUGAACAUAUUAAAAGAUAAAGAAGCGAAAAGGAGCAACCGUAACGACAUUCUUAGUCUUCUUCUAAAUAUGAAGGAUAGUGGCGAUACAAUGGGUUACAACAGAAUGGUAUCUCAGAGUAUAAUGUUCUUUGCGGCUGCACACGAAACCACAACAGCCACGAUUACCUUUACAUUGCGCGAAUUAGGGUUGAAUAGUACCAUACAGGACCGUGCAAGGCAAGAGAUCGCUACGGUGUUACAGAGGCAUAACGGUCAGGUCGACUACAAUUCAUUAAUCGCCAUGAAAUACCUAGACAUGACCAUUAAAGAAACUUUAAGGAAGUACUCAAUUGUUUCCUUUCUUCAUAGAGAAGCGGCUGAAGAUACCGUCAUCCCAGAAACGGGACUAAAGAUCGACCGUGGGACUGGUAUUAUUGUGUCCACCGACGGCGUCCACCAUAACCCGCAGUUACACCCCAAUCCCAGCAUAUACGAUCCCGAAAGGUUUAAUGAUGAAAAUAAACAUAGUGUGGCUUCGCAAGCCUUUGUGCCCUUUGGAAUUGGACCAAGGCAGUGUUUGGGUGAACGGUUCUCAUUUUUUUCAAUGAAGACAGCGUUGGUGCACAUAUUGAGAGAUUUUGAAGUUGUAGUCGAUUCCAAAGAGAACAAGGAGGUAGAGAUUAAUACGGCGUACAUAUCCAGACCAAAAGGUGGAAUUCAUUUAACUUUUAGGAAAUUGGAUCACUGCAGCUGUGAUCCGCGAUACUGAAAUACAUUAGCAAUUAAAAAUAAAAAUUGUAUAAGAAUAGAAUACUAUCUAUAAUAGAAUCUCGACACUAUGGUACGUAGUCGACGUACUUCCCAAACUAGUAGGUACCUACAUAUUUUGGUGAGGUGAACCAGUCUUGGCUUCAAUUCAUAAAAUAUGUAAGGUAGGUUUCCACAUAAUUAUAUUAGUCUUAUUGGAAAGAACUCUCUUCGUGUAAUAAGAUUUUAUAUUGAUCGAGUCUUUUUAAUAAAUGUGACAAGCGGUAGA